AUGCCCCCUUCCCAAACUCCAGCCCAGGGCUCUGGGCGAUUCCUUCUACUCUCUCCGCCAUCCCUCUCCUCACAUCCAGAGAAGCUAAACGCCAUCCUAGGAUUGCAUGCACGCGAAAGCACAGAUUUGCAAAUGCUCGACCGACUCGCGCUAGGCCUCGUAUCCCUUCCCGAAUCAACCUAUGACGUCGUGCUGCUGCUGACAGGAGCAGAUAACACGCUCGCAGAAACCUAUAGAUUGGUCAGUCGGGGGGUUUUACAGGGGGUCGUUAACAGCCUGAAGCCCGGAGGGAAGUUGAGGAAUCGAGAUAAUCAAAUAUGGGGUUCAGGGUCAGAUUCAGCCGCAGGCUUAGGAUCAAGUGAUGGUGAUGGUGGUGGUGGUGAGAAGAUGAGCAGCAGUGAACAAGCAUUCAGGAAUGAGGCGAUAUUGGCGGGCUUGGUAUUUGAUGAUAGGGGCGAGUUGGCGAAGCCGGAUUUCGGAGCGCAGCAGGCUGUUCCGCUGAAGUUGGGGAGAAAGAAGAAUCUGGGGGAGUCUGCUUUUGGGAACGGGGCAGUAGAGUUACCAGCUUCAAAUGGUGUGAGGGUGACUACGGGCGCUACUUCUUCUACUACCACCACUACUACUACUACUGCUGCUGCUGCUGCUGCUACUGCUGCUACUCCCACUACGACGACGACAACUACAAUAAACAGCUCAACCCCCUCGGGGGUCGGAUUUAUAGAUUUCAGCGACGACUUUGGCGUCCCGAUGGUGGAAGAAACGCAAGACUCUGAUGAGGAGCUGAUUGAUGAGGAGGAGCUACUAGGGGAGUAUGACAUGGGCAGGCACAUUGUUCAACCCCCAGAAUGCCGACCAAAAGCAGGCAAACGCCGAAGAGCUUGCAAGGACUGCACGUGCGGCCUGUCACAGAAACUGGAGGCGGAAGAUAGAGCCAAACGCGCCAACGCGGAUAAAGCGCUUGAGACGCUGAAACUGAGAACCAAUGACUUGGCCGAGGUUGACUUUACGGUCCAGGGUAAAGUGGGCAGUUGUGGGAAUUGCGCGCUGGGCGAUGCUUUUCGAUGUGAUGGAUGUCCGUACAUUGGGCUUCCGGCGUUCAAGCCUGGGGAGGAAGUUAGGCUGUUGAAUAACGAUGUGCAGCUGUGA